AACACAGACUUACGUACGUGUUAUCUCUGCACGUUUGUAGUGUGUAUUUAUGCCAUGCCAUGCCAUGUGACUUCCUGGCUAUGUGUGUGUAUGUGCGUGUGUGUACAAUCACGCUAACUUCUCGCUUUGUCACUCCUUACUGCUUUACAAGGUAAUUCAAGGGAGCCAGGAUGGACUCCAGGUCUCUCCGACUUCCAUUUUGCCUGUCCAGUUCGAAGUCGUCAUACACUUCUAGUUCCAGAGCGUCAUCAUCAUCAUCCUCCUCCUCCUCGUCAGCGGGCUCCAGAUGGUUGUACAGCCGGGAGACUCUGCCUCAUCUUGACCACUUUCCGAGGGUAUCAUCCACUUACAAAGCAGAUGUGGACCAAAAGAGUUCUCGCCUGCCCAGCUCAUCCAGAGACUACAGCAGCUCUGACAGCCGCAACAGCUGGAAGCCUCUGACAUCUUCCACUCGAUCUUAUGAGCGUCCAUGGGCAGAAUCCUUACUGAGCAGCAGGACUAAACUGACUGACCCCGAGGAGAACUUUGGCCGUUCAAGUCUGUUGCCCAGAACUGAUGAUGGAGACAAUAAGCGGGCCAAACUGACAUACAGCAGCAGAGGACUGUACUCAAACACGCCCAGCACCUCACAGACAGGAUCCACCUACUCUAGUAGUGGGUUUAACAAUGCCAGAGCAGGUAUUAAAGAGAAACCCAGCGAGUCGUCCUGGACUUCGAGCCAUUUUCUGUCGCGGUCUUCACCUUUCCGCUCAAAGCCCCUGUUGCCAAACAGAGAAGUGGAGACGCCGAAUGAGCCGGGUCUGUCAGAGCUGCGUGAUGGAAGGGCAAGAUUUCAAGAGCUGAAGUCUUUGUACCACACCUCAGACCGUCUGACUUCCACUUACGCCCAAGGAGCCCGACCCAAAGACUCGGCCUACUCUUCUUGCUCCUUCACUGCUGAGCGAGAAAGGUCUCCUGGCGGUCACGUUGCCUCCACCUCCUCUGCCCAUCGCUUCUCCACACCACGUGACUACAACAGCCGACCCUCAACGCGGGUCUUGAACGCCUCAUCCAGCUAUGCCCCAUUUCAGGAACAGCCUUCCUCCCGCAGGCGUGAAACCCCACUGCCUUCGACAGCUACUUCCGACGGUGGCGACCGCCAACGGCGAACCUCCACACGGCAUCUCUUAUCCCGCCUCCUGUUCUCGCCCCGCUCCAGCCAAGACUCCUCCUCCUCCUCCAGUAGCUCAUCCAGCGGCCCCUCGGUUGAUGAUGACAGUCUGUCUUUGGAAAGUGACGAGGGCGCCGGGACGGAUGCGGAGCCGGCCUCUCACGGCACCGGGACCAGGCAGUGCAGAGCUGACCUCUCUCCGAUAUGGGAGGAUAAGAAUUGCGGCGUGGCAGGAGCUAGGGUGGCGUCACCCAGGGAGCCUCAAGUUAUGAGCAGAGAGGCGGCCAGUGACGGAAACUCCAGGCUCUCUUCCUCCCUGCGGAGCCGCUGCUCUCCUCUCCUCUCUCGUCUUCAAAGACACGCAAGGGGAGUUGGCGCACAGUCAUCUGCCGGCCAAAGCCGUCCUCAGCACUUGCUGAGAAGAUGGGACAAUCGUGAACCGAGAGUGCCUCAAAAUGAUGACGAAGAUGAGGAUGACGAUGAGGAUGAAGAGGAGCAAGGGGCGGUGGGUCUAAAUCAUUAUACCAGUCAUCGCAGGCAAGAGGAGUUACCUCAUGUAGAGGAAACUUUAGCGGGCUUGGCGCAGCGCCGCAGGGGAGAUCCACUCCAAAACGAGUCCACGAGACCUCAAGUUGGCCCUGAGAGGACGCUGGACGUCGCAGGGAGCAAACAAGAGAAGCUUCGCAUUAUCAAGGAGAGACUGCUGCUGGAAGAUUCUGACGAAGAUGAAGGAGACCUGUGCCGAAUUUGCCAGAUGGCAGAGGUGUCGGCAUCCAACCCCUUGAUUCAACCAUGUCGAUGCACAGGAAGUCUGCAGUAUGUCCACCAGGACUGUAUCAAGAGAUGGCUCUGCUCCAAACUUGGCUCAGCCACCAACAUGGAGGCCAUCACAACUUGUGAACUCUGCAAGGAGAAGUUGCGCUUGAACAUAGACAACUUUGAUAUCCAGCAGCUGUACAGGACGCACGCGCAGUUUAAAUAUGACGACUUCAUCAGCCGUGGUGUCCAGCUGGUGGUCCUGUUGCAUCUUUUUGAACAGAGGUUCGCUGAUGUCCUGGGGGCAAUCGAUACAGCCAGGUCAUUUAACCUGAUCUUCUCGAGGAAAGUCUCCGCCAGGAACAAGACGACCGACCUUCUGUUGACUUCUCUGACUCGGACGACAACCUGGACGAGGAAUACUGAUCAUGAUAAUCUGCUUGCGGGAAAUGGGAAGCUGUUGAAGAAUUUCUUCCAUAUCCUUGAUAUUGUCGCUGUUGGGCGGAAUUGUCCCAUUUUCAAAAUUGCAGUUUGUGAAAUAAGAGAACUGGCUCGCACUUCUGUUAAUUUGGCAAAAAAGCGCUGAGUUAAAUUUUUUGACCUUCAGUGUCACAAAAGUAAAUGACUCAGGUUACAUCACCUCAAAGUAUAUUUUCAAAGGCCAGAGACAUCAGUGAUGCAAUUAAAAAUUAGUCGACUAAGGAGUUUAAUAGGGAAAUUAAUCUGCAGACGAGACUUGUCAUUCACUAAAAAAAAAACAAAAAAACGUCUGGACUUUGAAUGUUCAGGGGACAUAAUGAUGCAUGACCCCCUGAGGAGAGAGCAAUAUGUGGCAUAUGUCAACCAGUUUGUUUGCAGUCUAUUCUCAACAGUUCACAUUACCUUUUCCCACAUUAUCUGUUAUUUACACACAAGUUCCCAAUUAGUAUCCGUUUGUAU